AUGGCAACAGAGUCUUCGGGCGAUAAUUUUGCUGAUGUCUCCAUAUCAUCUCAGCUCGAGCUUCUCAAUCAGAUUGACAACCCUCACAUCCAACAAAAUGUCGCAGCGACGCCGAACGGUAGCGAAUUGGACAAGAAACCUGUAGCCCACAUCGAAGAUCAACAAGCAUUCGCAGACGUCCACCUGAGCGGCGGUUCAGAUGGAGAGACGUCCCGAGCAGAUUGGCCGAGGCAAAGGGAUUCAGAUAAGGGUCAUGGACAGUCAGCUUCUGUAGCUAAGAAGCCCGCAACAUUCAAAGCCGUUUCGGUGAACAAGACAUUUCUGGCAUCAAAAGCUAGCCCUACUGGUAACAUUACCAAAUCUGCCGACAAACCUACUCCGGGAUCGAGCACCCCGCCUCCAGGAUCGUCUUUGUCAUCCUCGCGCCCACGCCUAGUCGCAAAAACUGGCGGCGGUGCCAAGGAUACGGUUCCUCGGCUGUCUUCUUCUGUGAAUGGUUCGAAACCUGCAUCAGCUCCUGACCCAGCUGCAGUGUGGAACAAAAACAGACCACCAGAGCCUAAGAAGUUCACCGACGAGGAACUUAAGAAGUACGGUAUUCACAUGGCUAGUCGCUUGAAUGUAGAAGAUGCACAAGGACAAAACAAAUGGGCGGAUAUCGAUGAAGAUGACGAAGAUUGGGCUCCGGAAACGAUCACGUGGGGCGACGGAACCAAAACCACUUUACCACAUCUCGAUGAACAUUCCGUUCCAUCUCAAGAGAGCUCCGCUCUGUUCGACAGUGUCAAAGGACCAGUAAAACCAAAGUCACCUGUUCCGUCCAUUACUUCCAGGUCCUCAGUUCCAAGGUCUGGGGGGCUUGGCACUGGGAGAGGCUUGGUCUUGAAACAGGCAUCGCAAGAAAAGCCGGCUUUAAUUUCCAAGACGACUGCUUCAGUUGCCCCUGCAAAAUCGCCGUGGGCUACGCUGCCUCCUAUCGAUAGGGCCUCUCCAGGGUUCGUUGAGACCACACAACCGGCUGCUGCUCUGCCUCGAGAUACCACGACUGCUAAGCUUCCCAACCAAAAGAGAAAGGAAAUCGCUGCUGAUGAUUUUAGCCGCUCAUCUUGGAGGGAAGGACUAACCCACAGCAACAAGGAGUUAUAUAAUUCGCAUUCCGGUCGUUACGAACCAGUCGUGGACCGGCGAGGGUCCUUCAGAUCAGAGUCCCAAACCAAGCAUCCGGCUCUGCUUCAACGACCACAGCCAAAAGAUCAAGAUGUGGAAACGGAAACCUUUCAGCAGGCCAGUCGUAACCCUCAAGAAAACCUGUUUCCUAGACGCCGAGGAUCAUCUAGUGUAAGUAUAGGCAGUGGUUCGUUCCAUCAGCGAAUGCCCAGAAGCAACGAUUUAGCAGGGCCGAGUACGCAAAUGGGCAGCGUGGGCAUGACUUCCCAGGCGAAUUUGGCAGAAAGUCCUGUCUCUUCUGAGGACGGGCCAUCUUCCAAUUCAUCGCAGCCCAAAGAGUUAAGCUCUCAAAGGCAGCUUACCAGCGUCUCACCAAAUACAACGAUUUCGAAGCCAAGCCAGGGAGGCAGUUCUUUUGAUACAUGCUCUCAUCCUCCGCAACACCAGAACGGCGAGCUUGUGGAUGAAUUGGAGUACCAGAAGAAAGUCAUGCGUGAACGUAUAGAGCUUGCCCGCAAGCGACGCCAGGAGGAGGAGGCUCAGGAGGAGGCAGCAAGAAAGGAGCGCAUUCAAAAGAAGCUUGAGGCUUUGGGUCCUCCUCCCGAGAAGAAAAGCGACAAAAAGGAGCUCUCGACUAGAGCUGAAGUGACUAAACCGAGUCAAAUUCGGCAGCGGGAUCGCCAUGUACCUAUUGAUGCCAUUAGCCAGAAAGCCGAACAGGAGCCAACAAACGAAGAGCAAAAAGCUGUUUCAUCUGUUACCAAUCAACCAGGUGGCGCGCAAAUUCAUACUAAACCUCACUCUUCCAUCUCGACGCUGCCAUCUGUAUCGACACCUUUCAGAAGACUCUCACAAGGCCAGGAAUCACGGCGUGCGGAUCCAUGGGGCGGGACCGGUCCUCGUCCUGAGAAGUUUACUUGGGCUUCUGCAUUACCACCUCCAUCUCGAAAUGUUUGGGGUUCUCCUGAUAAUGAUCGCGGCCUUGGAAAUGGCACCUUCAAUCCGGAUCUUGGUAGAGUCACGAACAAUACUGCAAGCUCUGCCCAAUCAUCCAAGGGGCCUUUGCCAAUCGGACCACCCAGUACUAGCACAAGGGCACCUUCACAAUCACAACCACAAGCUUCACAGAACCCAUCUGUCAAUGCUCAAAGCUCUGUUUAUGGCCCGCCAGGAUCCGAGCUCGCAAGCAAGUGGGUCGCUUCGGUUGCCGAAAAUGAUAAGAAGUUGAGCACUGCGAGGUUGGCAGACAGAGUUAGUCAUGAACGCCACAUGAUGGAAAGAGGGAUGGCAAUAGAGGAUUCGCAACCGGCUAUUAAAGAUUCAUGGCGCCCUAUGCAUGCUCCAGGGGACGGGACUCGUCACUCGGUUGGAACCGUUGAUGUACAGACUCAUGCAUCAGCCCCAUGGAAAGCCGCAAAGGAAGGCAUGCCGAAAAGUCCCAGGACGAUCGAAGACUCGACUCCUUCAAGCACUGCUGGCAUAAUUGGAUCUGGUGCCCCACCUCAAUCCCGGCCCUCAAGAUUUUUCCCGGCCAAAGAUAUACGUCAAGGAGUAGGCUUUAGGAGUAUCCAUUCUCGCCCCAACUCGCCAACACCCCCGCCUCCGACAAUGGAAGGCCACCCAGUGUACGAGGGGGACAUCAUGCACCCCAACGUUUCUCUACCCAAGCCUCAGCCAGUCGUAAAGCUACCGCCUGCGAUGACAUCCAUGCAUCUUCAUCAAACCAGACCUCAGAACGUGUGGACCACCCGAGCCGCCACCAAAAGCAGCCAUCGUGACAAUUUUGAUCAAGGAUGGAAUUCAGAUGGGCAAGGCAACUGGCAGGCUAGGUUUAAUAAGCUUUUGCACGGAGACAAGCUGCCGCAAUCGCGGGAUGUCGGUGUAGAUGCUUCCAGCAAAGGGCCACUUGAUCAUGCCAGUCAUCAAGCAGCAGCGACUGUUUCGUUACCGACUCCAGCAUCAACAAAAGUUGAUACCAAUGAUCAAUCCCUCAUAUCUAAGCCAAUGGCAGAGGAAUGUUUUGAGGAGCAGGAAAUGGGCUCCCUGCCCCAGAUUAGGCUUCCGCACAGGACUCCGGAAGCUGCGUGGCAACCUGCUGUUGCACCGGCCAAAUCGCUACCUAAAAGGUUUCUCGUCCAAGCUGCACUAAUGGAACCUUUCCAAUUUGCAUCAGAUAUUCAUGGCAGGUCUUGUGUCAUCAACAUUCUCUUGCCUGGAAUGAAAGAAGUCAGGACCGUGUCAUCAAACCACUCGAUCCCUCGAGGUUCUAGGGACUCUCAUGGGCAAAGAGGGGCCCUUAGACAUAAACCAUUCGCCAGCGGUCCAAGAACAACUAAAAGAGAGGGCUCUGGUUCGCAUGAAAGUGAGAGCACUCCUGGCCGUGUUGGGCGCGGUGGCCGUGGAGGAUAUCGCAGCAGCAGGGGAUCGGACCAUGGAACUCGACAUCACUCAUCGCAGUCACAGAAAUCCGCUAAAUAA